CAUUUCCUGAAUUGAUUUCAAAAUAAGAGCACGUGUCUUUUAUUUUGCCCCGUAGAUCUUUAUUUGCUGGGUGUUCACAAAAGUUUAAAAAUUAAAUAAAAAAUACGAUAACACCUGACUAAUUAUUUUCGCUUUUAAACACUUAUCACAGAGUGCUUUUUAACCUUAAAAAAUGGGGGGGGGGGCUCUCUUAUGACUCAAGUGUUUCCAUAGUUACUAAAUGCUUUUAGACGUUUUCCAGCGUCAGGAUUGUUGUGUGUAGUCUGUUUAGUGCUUAAGAAAUGUCUUAAAUGAUUACAGAUGCCUCUGUUUUUUGAGUGUGGACGCAAAUGGUAAGAUUUUUGAGAGAUUAAAUAUUUUAAAGAUUUUAGACAGAAAACAAGUUUAUGCCUUGAAUCCAGGUCAUGUCUGAGUCACACAAGCAGACUUCCAGGGAAUCAAAAAUAUUUGGCUCCAGGUUUCAAACCGCAGGAUCUAAUGAGAAACUCGACAUGAGUGGGGAGCUCCUGAUCAAAAACAAAGCAGAUAUUCAUUAUCAAGCAGGUGUAGAUGCCAUGUCGCAGUUUCAGUUUGAGAAAGCUGUGUGCUGUUUCUCAAAGGCCAUCCUGCUCCAGCCACAACAGACCCAGGUCUAUGUCAAGCGAGCAGAAGCUUAUCUACAGCAGUGUGACUUCCAGUCAGCAGCGAUGGAUUACAGACACGCCUGCAUGCUGGAACCACAGACCGAGGUCUACUGUCAAAGACAGCAUUCAUUUACUAUCUGCAGGGUCAGUGUCUCUAUGAUCUGGGGAUGUUCCUGGAGGCUCUGGAGUCUUUUACAAGAGCAGCAGAAAUCAGACCUGCUUUCCAGCUUUAUCAUAUGAGAAGCUUGGCUUGUCUGAGUGCACUGGGCCGAUACUCUGACUGUCUUCGGCUGGUUGGUAACUGGUUGAAAACUGGUGACCCUUCAGCAGAUCUCUUCGUACUGAGUGCCCGACUGCACCAACAGCUCAAUCAGAUGACACUGUGCUAUCAUGACCUAAGAUCAGCAGUCAGAUUAAAGCCGGGAUAUCCAGAGGCACUCGUGAUGUUGAAGAGGCUACAGGAGAGCGCCGAACAUUACCAUCGUGCAGCUGUUGAUAAAGAGUUAAUGGGAGAGCUUACAGAUGCACUGGGAAAAAUAAACACUGCACUGGACUAUAACCCUGGUAAAGCACGGUACUUUCUCUUUAGAGGAAUUCUGUAUCGCCGCCUGAAAGACUUCACUGCUGCCAUCGAGGACUUUGUUCUUGCUGUCGAAUUGUGUGGGCUUGAUGAAGAAGCACCUCAGGGUGAGAUGCAGGAGUCUUUAGAAGACGACGCUCAAACCCAGCUGGUGCUCACCUUCAACGAUUUCGCGGUUCAGUGCUUCUCCAAGGGUUUGUAUAGAGAAGCCGUGGUGCUGCUGAACAAGGCCGUAGAGAAACAGAAAGACAAGAGCGUGCUGUUCAUCAACAGAGGAGAUUGUUUUUUUAAGCAGUGCGAGUGGAUGUUUGCAUUGGCGGAUUAUCAGCUAGCAGAGGAGAUGGAUCCCGACAACACGGAUAUCUGGCUACGACUCGCUGUCAUUCACAACGCGCUGGGGUUGCACAGAUUCAACGACAAGAAGUACCAAGAGGCAGCAGAUCUGUUUUCUGUAGCUAUAAAGUACAACCCAACCGCAGUUCGGUACUAUGAAAAUCGAGCCAAAGCUUAUAGCAAAACUGACAAACUGGAAGAAGUGAAGCAGGAUGCCAUCAGAGUUCUUAUCUUGGAUCCCACCAAUGACCAGGUGGUGGCUUUGCUGUUGCGUCUGCUCCCAGGAUGCUGCUUGUCUGACAUCAUGUCCUGUGCCACUGCGCAGUCGGUGAAAAAACAGCUGAUGGCAAAGAUUCAAGCUUUUAAACUAGCAGUCUCAAAAGUGUCAAGGUUGGAUAAGUGGGCCCUCAUCAAAAAUGACAGCCAAUCCCAAACUGGCUCUCACACCUCACUGGUUAGUGGUCCAGAGCAAAAGAUGAAGUUAUUUAAGGUGGACUGCAUAGUCAAGAGCAAACAACAGUUGAAUGAAUCGGUGAAGAAAGCCCUGCAUCAGAGGCGGCCCCUGCACCGUGAUGGGCCACGUCUGGCCCCUGUGCCCCGUGAACGUAAACACCCUGACACUCAGGAUCCACUGUUAGCAACCGUGUCCAGGAAAUUUAAGGGCCUUGGGCUUAAUUGUUAAAGAUCUGCUGGAAUCAGUCUCGGUGAUUCUGGACAAUCUGUUUCUCCCAAACCAAGCUGAAAUAGUGGAGUACAUCUAGCAUAGCAUACACUCUUAAAAAUAAAGGAGCAAUUCCAGCGUUAUGGAUGUAACAUUUGACAAAUAUAAUUUCUCAGAGAAUGCAUUUAUUAUCAAAACAUUGAACUACCUGAUCAGCAGGUGACGUCAGCAGCAAUCGCCAUAUUCUGCUCAUGAACGUGCACUGAAGGACUAAGUAGGAGGGGUCUAUGGGACAGUCACAAGCCUCACGGUUUUUCCCAAAAAAAUCUAAAAAUGUGUUUGAGAUAUUGACAUCUCAGUUUUCACUAUGGGUAAAAACUUUACUUAUAAUAAUAAGGUAUACAGAAAUUGCCCAUUUACUUUAAUUGUUAAAGAGCAAGACUAACAUCUUUUGCAUUUAACUUAAGCAAGCCAUACAGGUUUGUAACAAUAAUAGGUGUAAUGAAUGGGAGCUUUCCCAUUGAUCCCACCACCAUUAGCACCCUCUCCCAAUCAGGACUAUGGACACCAUUCUGUCACUCUACAUCUACUUCCUGUUCUUAUAUAUUUAAGCCAUAGACUGUGAAAAAAGAUGGACGACGCCUGUUCGCUCCCUUCCAUUGGUGAAAAGUGAAGCCGCUAGUGUCCCGAUAUGGCGCUGACAUCUUGGGUUUUGAGUCUGCGCAGUAGCGAUUUCGGGACCAGUCAUGCGCAGUAGUGAGCAGGAAAUGAAGCCGCGAAAUCAAAACCCCGCCCUCGCUCUCGCAGAAUGCGCAUAUCACACGAUAUCACAGCUGUCAAUCAUGACGUGACACCACCGUUUUUAUAUCAUUAAAUAACUAACUAAACACAAACCUAUUUUAAAAACAAACAUUUGAAUUUAAAUCAGUGUGAUAAAAACUACAAUAAAU